UAUCUUUAGACUUGUAUCAUUCCUUCUCUGUUUAUAAAUCGUAAUAUUGUGAGACAAAACAUACAAAUAUUGGAACAUUGGAACAUCGAUUGAUUGAAACCGGAUUGAGGUUAUAAUUCCGUAAAUUCUGUAAAGAAAGUAUCUUUAUGAGAUAAAUUAUGUUAUUUAAAUGUUAUAUUGCACAGAAAUAGAAAAAAAACCUUUUAGUUCAGUUUUGCAAUGUCUGAUGUUGAAGAACCACCGACUAAGAUGUCGAAAUACGAAGAGUACUUAGAACCGGAGCCGGAAGGUGAGGAUGUGAUGGAGGAAGGUCAGGAAGAGUGGCUCAGUGAAGGAGUGCUCACUGACGAUGAUUAUGUUCAAACGACCAAACAAGAUGACACAGACCACGCGCUCACAAUAGACCAGGAAACUACACAGAGUAACGAGACGGAAGCCAUGCAGACGUCCACCGCAGACACGGCCGAUGAUACCAGCAAUAUGACGCAGAACAUUGAGGAGCAGCUGAAUAAUAUGGACAGUACGAAUAAUGGUGAUGAGCUGCCGGACGAUUUGGAUGCGUUUUUGAUCAGAAAGACAGACGGCCAUGUUGUGGAAGCGAAACUACAGGAUGAGACUGAUAUACCUAAAGCUAAGCCUGAGGAGGAUGAUGGCAACGACACGGAUGAUCUACUGCGUAUGUUAGGAGACGGUGAACAGAAAGCCAAGAAGAAAACGUUCAAGAUCAUAAAGGCUGAUAAAGAUGAAGACCAGGCCUCCACCGAUGAUGAUGACUUCAUUUAUGAGCAAAGUCAAGUAAAAACUCUGAAACUGGCUAAGAACGCUUUGAUCAAGAGGACUGCCACCAAAGCUGUGCCCGAAGACAUGAGCGACGGAGACGAUGAGACUGAACAGUCAACAGACGAAGGAUCGACCGUACAGCGUAUGUUCGAAGUUAAGAAAUCGGGAUCAAAGUCUGACAGUCAGAAGAAAGUCGUCAAACACGUUCGAGCCAACAAUAAUAAUAGUUUGAAUAGAUCACAAAAAACAGAAACGAAGUCCAAUAAACAGACUUUCAAAAACCACAAGUCUGUGAAACCAACAGUUAUACAUAAGAAGUCGUUAGAAGUCGAAACCCCGGCGCCGUUCAAGCCGCUAGAAAAAGAGAAGUCGAGAGAGAAAGUCUCGAAGUCGGAAGUAAAAAAUGAUGAUUUUGAUGAAAUUAUCGAUGAAGAAGAAUUUUUGGAUGAUGACGAAUAUGAGUUGGAUGAAGAGGAGUUCGCAGAAGGUUCAGAAGGUGAGGACAGUAAGAAACAGCGAAUCAUGAAGCCGGAGAUGAUGGAUGAAGAGGUUCCUAGUGAUGCUGAGAGCCGCUCUGAAGAUGGCAGCCUUUAUGAUGAGUUACCCUCUUCAGACUCCGAUGAUUUGGACGACUGGUUCACACUGGACAUCCGAGCAGAAAGAGCGGGUGACUACCUACCGUUAUUAGGAACGAAAGCAAAAGAACUUCUACUAGCAGAGAGAAAACGCGUCAGUGCAAGAGUAGCCACAUUACGUCAAAGUCUAUCAGCUUUAACCGACAGCGCCAGGAGGCAGGCCGACCAGCUCCGAGCCGCUGCCAUGGCACUCGCAGAGAUAGACGACACUCUGAAAGCGGCCUGACCUUGACCUUAAAAGUUGACCUUGAAUUUCUCAGAUGACCUUGAGUUUCAAGAUGACCUUGAAGUUUGAUUGAUGAAUUAAAUAUGAAAAAACCCUUUUAAUCGUGUACCGAUUUGACUAAUUUGUGUAACUUGUGUCAUAACCAAAUUACAUCUCAAUCGGUUCAGUUGUUUUUAGUGGUAACGUGAUGAAUUCACUGUUGUGUUUCUAAUAAUGUUUUAAAAUUGGAAAUAGAAUUUUGAAUAGAAUUUGCUAAAUUGAGAAUAGAUUUUUGGGUAUUAAAACCAAUUUUGACUGUAGCAGCCAUUUGAAUCUUGUAUUGUAAAUCUAUUUGUUUCCAAUUUCAUCUCCCGAGCCUUUUUCCCAACUAUGUUGGAGUCGGCUUCCAGUCUAACCGGAUGUAGCUGAGUACCAGUGUGCCACAAGAAGCGACUGCCUAUCUGACCUCCUCAACCCAGUUACCCGGGCAACCUAAUACCCCAUGGUUAGACUGAAUAUUAAGAUUUUUGAGGUGUAAAAAAUAUUUUAGAAUAUCGAGACAUAAUAUUAAACGUAUACAAUGCACAGUACCUCGAUACAGUUUUUUAGGACAAAUUCGAGUAAAGUUUUUUAAAUGUAAGGACUUAAUUUUAGUACCUAUAGUGUAAGUUAGUGUUAAAAUUUGUAAAUAAAACUAUUUGUUUAAUAAAAUAUACAUUUCAAUUGUA